AAUACGUCCACCGGGUAUUGUUACGGUAAUUAAAGCCUUGGCUUUAACACGACUCAUGUUAUCAUAAGUGUGAAAUCUAUAUUACAUACUCUUACUUUUGUCUAGCCGCGUGAUUAUCAUAUUUAAGAUACCCCCUCCAGACAAGAAUAAAAUCAUAAUUAAAUGUAUUUGUCUGCAAAGCAUUCAGCCAUAAAACAACGCUUCCAAUAUUUAAUACAAGAAAGUUUCUCCCUUGACAUACUGAAAUCGAUGCUAGAGUGGGAUACAAUUUGGCUGAUAAAUGAUAUUAAUAUGGAUUAUUCCCGGAGAGCCGAAUUAUUUGAAAUUCUUUACAUCAACACAAAUAUUGAGUACACUUUACCGCCCUCACUGAUGAAAGCUGCUGAGGAACCGAUACUGAAGGUACACGGCGGACCUGAAUGCUCCUGUGAUCAAAGGAUCUCCCACUGUCACACUCAAAAUGUACUGGACCAAGAUCUGUUUCAUCUAAUUGAUUCCCUAUCCCCAGCCGAAGAGAAUACUUUUGCAGAAGAGUUCGACAAUGUGAGUGAUGUCAUAGAUUUCUUGUGUGACUGUGAAGUAACGGAAGUAGAGAACUUCUCAAAUGUUCAGCCAAUUAAUAAUGAUGAAGACGUUAAUCAAACGAUACUUGUAGAGCCUGUUAACGGUCCAGAGAAAAAGCAAACACAUCAAAGAAAACGAAAGCGAGAUUUUGAGGAAGUAUUUGAAGUAUCUGUGAAACGUUUACGUAGUGGAGUUUGUUCGAGUGGAUUUUCUUACCUUUGCCGGUUAUCACCAGGAAAUAACAUACGGAGUUUGUAGAAAAAUGCAGAAAAUAUGUGUCAGUUGGAUAUC